AUGUCGGCACCGAAAUACUUCAUCCCAUUGUGCUACAGUAGCAAUCCAAAGCGCAAGGCGGAAGACGACGGAAGAGAUGGCAUCGAGGACAAAAAGAUCUUCACAGAUGACGACCUUGUCAAGAUGGCCACAAAAAUGACCAUCGACCUGGAUCCCGACCAACAGCGACUCCCCAACGAGAUCAUGGAGCAGAUUUGCGAAUUCGUUGCUCUGAGCGCGCGCCCUAUCGAGAUCCCACUCGACACGCAGGCCUUGGCCAUGCCCGAAGACCUCCGCCACGUCAAGCCGGCCAUGUUCAAAGAUCUCGAUGGCAUGUUCAACGCCAGCCGCACGACGCGCCGCAUGCUAGCAACGCACAUGCUGCACCGCACAACCUUCACCACACGCCUUGAUCUCGCGACUCCUCCGUUCAUGACCAUCGCAGCAGCCUUCAACCUCAGCAAACUGCCCGACAUUAUCCGUAAGAACAUCCGCAAAAUCCAGGUCCAGGUCUACUUCACAGGUCCAGCUACGGUGAAUGCCGUCGAGGAGUGGGCCAGGAUCUGGUACGAGCCGGGAUUGCUGAGACAGACGUCAAGAAUAGAGGUUGAGCAGGAGGUGGAGGUCCGGGCUGUGACCAGGAAUUGGGACGACUCCGAUGGCUUCACGACCGAGGAUGGGAGGCGCUUUUGGCCUUGGGGUGCUGAGAUCGCGGAGUGCUUCCUCGACGACGUGCGGACGGUCGCGGAGGAUCUGGUGUGGGAAGAGAACAGACAGGCGGCCAAUGAUCCAGACUUCGUGAUCGGUGUCAACCUUCCCGAGUUGAAGAAGAGAGUGGCGAACAUGACAGCCGACGAACACUGCGAUGAGCACCUCGAGGGCAGUGGCUGGAAGCGGAAUUGUUGCUGGAAGUGCUUCCAUCACGAGGUGCAUGCAGGCUGGGCGAGAUCUGCUGGACUGCCGGAGAAGGAAGUGCCGGAGCAGAAAUGA